GUCGACUACUUGCACUCAUCUCCUUCAGAUCAAAAUCCCCCAUCACUUCAAGCACUCUCUACACCACACCGAACGCUCACGAGUAUUGGAAAGGUUCUUUUCCAGUUGCAGCCGUUUAAUCACGAAAAUUUGAGACAAACGUUGACAUUCUCUUCCCCAAACUUCGAAGCUUCAGCGCUUAGCGCUCAGCUGUCAGAUGCCAGUGGUCCUAUCGGAAAGUUUAAGUUCAUCAUAAGUUCAUCAGCCGUAUGAUGCACAGCAUUGAACUUGUUCUGUCCUCGUCGAAGUAGCCUCGCCGAAGACACCUCACAAGCAUUAUGGCAGCCACAGUGGAAAAUAAAGAGCUGACGAUCGCUUCCUCGAGCCAAGCAUCAAAAGAGCCGCAAUUGUCGGCUUGCGGGGAGGCUCAAGCAGAGAAGGGGGAACUUAUCGACACAUUCAAGCUGAUCAUGAGGGACGCCUAUGACGCGGAACGCAACCCAGAGGUAGCGACUGGUGUAGCCGAGAAUACGCUGAUGCAAGAAGAGCUACAGCAAUAUUUCCAGUGCAACCUCCGUUUGGACUUCACCUAUGGAGAUGCACUUUCCGGAUCUGCACGCCUGCGCACCGCCCUCUCCAACCUCCUCAAUUCUUACUUUAGCCCAUUUCGACCCGUUAGCCCAGAGCACAUCAUCAUAGGUGCCGGUGUCACCUCCGUGAUCAGCCAAGUCGCUCGCGUUCUCGUUAAUCCUGGGGAUGGCGUCCUGAUUGCAGCACCCUACUUCCAAGGCUUUGAUUAUGACCUGAGGCUCCAGAACGGUAUAGUUCCCGUGGGUGUGCCCGUCCCCAUGUCACAGAUGUGCACUAUGGAAGAGGUCGCGUGCCUCGAACGCGCGCUGCAAAGCAACAAAGCGACGGCAAACGCGACGCGAAUCAAGGCCGUGAUCCUCUGUAACCCACAUAACCCCUUAGGCUGGUGCUACCCGCCCGACGUGCUCGAAGCCUACCUCCGUCUCUGCGAGACGCACAACUUGCACUUACCCUCGGACGAGAUCUAUGCACUCUCUGUCUUCUCGUCCUCGGACGUGCCCCAGCCGGUGCCCUUCACCUCUAUCCUGUCGUUCGACCCCACGGCGCUCGGUGUCCACCCGGCGCGCGUGCAUGUGUUAUAUGGGAUGUCGAAGGACUUUGACGCAAACGGCUUCCGCGCGGGCGCGUUGAUUACGCAAGCGAACGCGCGUCUCGUCCGCAGCCUCGCGUUGAGCGCGAUGUAUAUGGCGGUUGGCUCGCCGACGGACGCGCUGUGGAGUGCGCUGCUGAACGACGCGACGUACCUCCCCGCGUUCCUAGCAGCCAACCGUACGCGGCUGCGCGAGGCGUACGAGUACACGGCAGCAUGGCUCAGGUUUCACGGCGUGCCGUACAUCCCGUCGAGUGCGGGCCACUUCUUGAUGGCCGACAUGCGCGGCGUGUUGACCGACCUCGAUCGGUAUGGUUCCAUCUUGAGCAUCACACAGGUGCAGAGCAUGGAGGAGCGAGAGGACGCGCUGAACGCAUAUUUCAUGAAGCACAAGGUCAUCAUCACACCGGGCACGACAUACCAUUUGCCGAAGAGCGAGGCGGGGUGGUUUCGCAUUACGUUUGCGGUGAGGAGGGAUCAUGUGAACGUGGCGUUGAGGAGGAUCGAACGCGCAAUGGGGUGGAAGACGUGGCGUGGAGAAGGGCUCACUGGCCCAAAGGCAACGGCUGGCGAAGAAAGUCUGAAUGGACGUGGCUCGGACCAGGCGUGAAUUCGCUGAAUCUGAUGCACAGUAGGAUGAGGAGGUUCAGAAUGGAGAGGCGGAUACUGGCAAAUGCAUGUAGAAUACAGAGAUCGACUGUAUGUGAAAAUCAACUGAGGAGAGCGGCAU